CUCCCACAUGGUACAUGUCACAAAAUCUGUUUUAGCAUCGGCAUACGUUAUUAUCCCAAAAAGGAAUACGCAGAAAAAAUGGUUCCUUUUUCACCACAAUCCGUUGCUUCCAUUUCUCUAUAAUAAUUUAGUACUCAACAGCACCGUUUCAUGAGAAAGUAGCAAAGUUUGCUUGUGGUUGCAUCUAGGUGUUGCUGAUACAAGAUGGUGAAGAGAGUGAGGUCUGAUUCAGGACCAUUUUCCGUUCAAAAGCACAAUCAUGUUUGUGUCAAGUUAGGACUCUCAAUUUUCUUGGUAGGUCUUGCUGUUCGUCUUCUCUUGUGGGAUUCAUUCAGUUUUUCAUCAGUGGUGGUGGAGACACCUCCUCCUCUAGAAGAGUUAAAAGCAGAUUCCCCUGUUUUAUCUUCCCCUGAUCUUAAGGAUUCUGAUUCUGAUGACUUUCCAGGGAUUAACCAGACUCAAAUCUCCAAGGAUGAAAAAUGUGAUCUUUUCGUGGGAGAGUGGGUGCAAGACCUAUCUGGGCCAGUGUACACUAACGAGAGCUGCCAUGUGAUUGAGCCUCAUCAAAAUUGUAUGAAGAAUGGACGUCCUGAUUCAGAUUACCUUUACUGGAGGUGGACCCCACGAGGCUGUGAAUUGCCCAAGUUUAAUCCCAAAAAGUUUCUUAGGUUCAUGAGAAAUAAAUCAAUGUCCUUUAUUGGUGAUUCCAUCUCCCGCAACCAAGUUCAGUCCCUACUUUGCAUUCUCUCUAAGGUGGAACCAGCUGUUGAGACAUACCAUGACAAGGAAUAUAGAUCAAAAAUAUGGAAAUUUCGCUCUCACAACUUCACACUCUCAGUAAUCUGGACCCCUUUCCUUGUCAAAGCAGCUAUAUUUGAAGACAUGAAUGGAGUUACCUCAUCAGAGAUACAGCUUUAUCUUGACAAACUCGACCAGUGGACCAACCAAUACAAGAAUUUCGAUUAUGUAGUCAUUGGUGGUGGAAAAUGGUUUCUCAAGACUGCAAUAUACCAUGAAAACAGCACAGUCACAGGCUGCCACUACUGCCCUGGAAAGAAUCUAACAGAACUAGGAUUUGACUAUGCAUACCGCAAAGUACUACAAGAAGUUUUCAAGUUCUUCACAAAGUCUAACCACAAAGCCACUGUUCUCUUCAGAACCACCACACCAGACCACUUUGAGAAUGGAGAGUGGUUUAGUGGAGGGUAUUGCAACAGAACUGUACCCUUCAAAGAGGGUCAGAUACAUAUGAUAGGUGUAGAUUCCAUUAUGAGGGGUAUUGAACUUGAAGAGUUUGAGAAGGCUGUUUCACUAGGAUCUCAAGGGCUGGUGAACUUGAAACUUUUGGACACCACUAUCCUUUCACUCCUGAGACCAGAUGGACAUCCAGGACCCUACAGGAAGUUCCAGCCAUUUGCAAAAGAUAAGAAUGCUAAAGUCCAGAAUGAUUGUCUACAUUGGUGUUUGCCAGGACCAAUUGACUCAUGGAAUGAUAUAGUAAUGCAAAUGCUAAUCAAUGGUUAAACAAUGUCCUGCCACUGGAUCAUCAAGGUUUGAAGCUGGUUACAAAUAUGAUCAUUUGAAAUUCAGUAUUCUUUUCUGCAUGGUAGUUAGUUCCUUCCAAUGCCUUUAUUAGUUUGCAAAGAGUAGUUUAUACACAAAGCCAUUAGGUUGAGGCUCCGAUUGUACAUGGAACUGUAUAGCGUAAUAAAAGCUUGCAAAGCAGUGAAAACUCAAGUAUAAACUCAGCUUAUGUCCUUUUCAGCAUAACUUUUAUGAGGAAUAUACACCUAUUUACUUUUAUACUUCGAUGAAGCAAUAAAGACUCGGGAUUGAAUAAAGCUGAAGCUGCUUGGCUUAGUAAGCUGCAGAGACCAAUGCAAAUUUUACUUUUCAUGUAUUACGGCCAAGUUUCUUGCAAACCUUGAUUCAUAUAUGAAUAAAUAGAACAAUAUGAAAUGGCAUUUUUGAUUAA